AUGUCUGCAGUCAACGUGUCCAGCGUGCGUCCAGCUGGGUUUGUUUUGAUUGGGUUUCCCGGGCUGGCUAGUGUUCAGCAGUGGCUUUCAAUUCCGUUCACGAUCAUGUUUAUUUUCGCUCUUGCAGCUAACAGUAUAAUAGUAUUUGUAGUGAGGCAUGAACAGGCUCUGCACACCCCCAUGUAUUUUUUCCUGUCUGUGUUGGCAGUAGUAGAUAUAGGUUUGUGCUCCACUAUAUUACCAAACAUGCUGCAAAUAUUUAGACAUAAUCCCUCAUUCAUUACUUUUGAAUCUUGUUUCAUUCAAAUGUUCUUCAUUUAUUUUUUUACAUCACUUGAAUCUUCAAUAUUGGUAGUCAUGGCUUAUGAUAGGUACGUUGCCAUAUGUAAUCCUUUACGUUAUGCUUCCAUUUUAUCCACUGCAUUCCUGGGUAAAAUAUUUUGUGCUUUUAUAAUAAGAGGUUUAAUUUUAACAGCGCUUAUACCAAUCUUUGCUUCAAUGUUGCCUUACUGUUCCAGCAAUGUCAUAUCGCACUGCUAUUGUGAUCACAUGGCUGUUGCAAAAUUGGCAUGCACAGAUAUAACCAAUAACAGCCGUUAUGGGAUUUCUGUAGCAUUUUCUAUAUUAGGUGUAGAUGUCUUAUUUAUUACAUUCACUUAUGUAAUGAUUCUGAGAGUCGUCCUAAAGCUUGGAUCAAGUGCAGCCCGUCUCAAGGCCUUCAACACAUGUGGCUGUCACCUGUUUAUUAUUAUGUAUUUUUAUGUAACUUCACUGUUUAAUUUUUUAGUAUACAGGAUGGGUGAGAAAGUCCCUCCUCAUAUUCACGUUUUGUUUGCAGUCUUGUAUCUUCUCGUCCCACCAGCUUUAAACCCUAUAAUUUAUGCCGUCAAGACAAAAGAAAUACGUGACUCAUUUCUGAAGCAUGUAUUAAGGAAAAAAGUGAACCCAGCAACUAACAUACCUGUAUGA